CCACCACCUCCACCACACGCUGCAUCAGCUGAUCCGUCACGUGGUCGUGGGUCACCCGUGUUUGCAAAAUGGAGUUGUCUGAGUCCGUGCAGAGAGGGCUACAGUCCCUAGCCGACCCCUCUUCCUUCGAGCAGAGCAGCUUCCAGGUUUUAGCGGAGGUGUCUUUCCGGAGCCUGCUGUCCUCUCACGCGGACCCGGCAGUCCUCGAUCUGCCCGAGCUGAAGCACAUCGAUCAGAUCCUGUUGAAACAAACUCACACUGCAGCGACCACCUUCAUACUGGAGGCGGUCAAACAAAACGCAGACAAGUCGACGAUAAGCUCGUGUCUGGAAGAACUCACAUUCAGUGCAGAAAGAAUAGAAACAUUCUACAGCACGUAUCAGGUGACAGUGACAAUGUUGCAUACAACAACAACAACAACAACAAAAAAGUUGAAUUGGGAAUUUUCCACUGAACUCAUAUCUGUUUGUUGUGUUUCACAGAAACAUAAAAACGAGCUGGAACGCCUGUUAGCAAGCAUAGGAAGGAGUCCACCUCACGUAACCGACGCGUCCUGGAGUCUGCAGUAUCACAUGAAGAACGCACAGGUCGAUAAGGUCAACGAGCCUUUUUACUCGAUUUCACUCAACACUGAGAACAACGGGUCCACGGAGGAUAUCAACUUCACCUGCACGAUGGAGCAGCUACAGGAUUUGGUGGGAAAACUCAAAGACGCUGCCAAGAGUGUGGAGAAAGCCAUGCGUGGGUCUUUUUUUUGUUUGUUUUUGUUUUGUUUUUUUGAAAGCAGCGUGGAACAGAGAUUAAUAAGGACUGUUGUUCUUUUCUCUUUCAACAUGCAUCGGACGACCAGGAUAAAGAUCACAGAGCUCAACCCUCACCUCAUGUGCGUCCUGUGCGGAGGAUACUUCAUAGACGCGACCACCAUCAUCGAAUGUCUUCACUCAUUUUGCAAAAUGUGUAUCGUGCGCUACCUGGAAACCAGCAAAUACUGUCCCAUCUGUGAUGUACAAGUGCAUAAAACCAAGCCUCUCCUCAACAUAAGGUCUGACAAAACUCUCCAGGACAUCGUGUACAAGCUGGUCCCAGGCCUCUUCAAAAAUGAAAUGAAGAGGAGGAGAGACUUUUACGCAGAUCAUCCUGUUGAUGCUUCUAACGGAUCUAACGAGGAUCGCGGAGAGGUGGCAGACGAGGACAAGAGAAUAAUUACAGAUGACGAGAUCAUCAGUCUCUCUAUUGAGUUCUUUGAUCAGAGCAGACUUGGAGGUGGAGUAGAAGACAAACAGUCAAAAGAUCAGGUGGCUAACAAGAGGUACCUGCAGUGUCCAGCAGCCAUGACAGUGAUGCAUCUGAGGAAGUUUCUGCGCAGCAAAAUGGACAUCCCGAGUGCCUACCAGGUUGAAGUCAUGUAUGAAGACGAACCUCUGAAAGAUUACUACACGUUAAUGGAUAUAGCAUAUAUCUACACUUGGAGAAGAAACGGUCCUUUGCCGCUGAAGUACAGAGUCCGACCCAACUGCAAAAAGAUGAAAGUGAGCUAUGCGCAGCAGGAAGGCCAAAACAGCGCGAGUAGAUCCGGUCCCGAGAGCGACUCUGCCAGCGACAAAGCCGGGAGUCCCGCGGGGGCUCCGUCCACCUCCUCGUCGAUGCCGAGCCCCGGCACGCCUGCGCAGUCCCCUCACCCUCAGCUCCCCCACGGCCCCAACAACGUCAACGGGACCCCAGCUGCUGCCCCUCCGACCCCCAGCCGGCCCUUCACUCAGUUCGGCAGCGGCGGCAGCAGCGGCGGCGGCGUCAACAAGCAGCGGAAGGUCACUCUGAACGGCUCCGCGACCUCCUCCGGAUGACGCGGGGCUCCGGUCCGAAACAGACCAGCCAACGCCAGACAACCCCCCCCCCCUCCCCCGCUCAGCUAAUACCGUUUCCAUGCCAACCUAGUUCCAUCGUGUAGACAAUGUUCUCUCUAUUUUCUUCAUUGUUCUGAAUAUUAUGACAUCACAUGUAAGUCUGACCGUAGUGGAAUCAGAGACAUUUCAAAUUAAAGGAAUGAGGAUGUUGGACGUGAGAUUUUUUUUUAUCACAUGAAAGCGGACUUUGAUGUUGGGGAAAAAAAAAAGAAAAAAAAAGAAAGUGGGUAAGAUGGACAAAAUGUAUCGCCUUUAAAAGCUACGUCUUUAUUUUACUGAAGUGACUGAAGAUAGACUUAUAUUUUCUUUGCCUUUCUUUUUCAGAUGAAACGCGUUUAUCAUGAUCAUGUGUUGGGACAUUUUGAAACCAUCAGUUUAAACAUGCAUGCUCAUGAAGACACUUUUUUUUUUCCCUUUAGGCUCAUGAAAGAGGAUUCUGCGUGUUGUCCCACAGGGUUUUUGUAGUUGUUUCUGGCGAAGUGUGAACAGCACUGGCUCAACGAAAAAAAUAAAACGACAUUUAAUUGCCUUUUACUGACUACACAAAACAGUUUCUUAUAGCUGCAAUGGAAUCAUAUUGCUUAUGCUCCAUGUGUAAAUAGGAACCAAACACAUAUUUAAUCAGCGAUGAUGUUAUUCUCUUAUUCCCCUUUGUUGUAAGGGAAUGACUUGGGCUCCUGAUCGACACCAUUUCAUGCUCAAUGACAGAUGUUUUGAUGUCUCCUGUGUUUUCUGUAUUUGUAUCGCUCGAUUGUAUGGACAACUUAUUGUAUUGUUACUGUUGCACAGUAUAAAACAUCUAAAUAAAACAUUUUACACUUACGGAAGAAUUA